UCCCCAUUGCCGCCGAGACCGCGCCGCGAGCGCCUUGCCGGAGGGGGUUCGAGCCGAUGGUUACCAUGGGAACCCGGCCCGGAGCGCACUCGCGCCCACUCCUGCUGCUCCUCCUCGCGCUGCCGCUGGUGCGGGGCCUGGGGACCCGGGGGCAGGGAGGGGACCCGCAGCCCGCACGGGUUUACAGAACUCCAGAGCCUGUUUACAAGGAGCAAUAUUUUGAGCAGGUAUUGGAUCACUUCAACUUUGAAUCGUAUGGCAAUAAGACCUUCCUACAGCGAUACCUCACAGCAGCUAAAUUCUGGAAGAAGGGAGUUGGGCCCAUCUUCUUUUAUACUGGGAAUGAAGGAGACAUUUGGGAAUUUGCUCAGAAUUCUGGCUUCAUCCUUGAGCUGGCAGAACAGCAGAAUGCGCUAGUGAUUUUUGCAGAGCAUAGGUAUUAUGGGACAUCUCUUCCAUUUGGGAAACUGUCAAUGCAGCGGGAAAAUAUCGGCUUGCUCACUGUGGAACAAGCCCUGGCUGACUAUGCGGUGCUCAUUACAGAGCUUAAAAAGCAGUAUGGUGCCAGGGAUUGCCCAGUCAUUGCCUUCGGAGGCAGUUACGGAGGAAUGUUGAGUGCUUACAUGAGAAUGAAAUAUCCUAACAUUGUGGCUGGAGCACUAGCUGCCAGUGCUCCUCUGUUGUCUGUGUCUGGGAUUGGAGACCCCAACCAGUUCUUUCAAGCUGUCACUGCAGAUUUUCAGGGCUCAAGCCCAGCUUGUGUCAAGGCCGUGAGCAAAGCCUUCCAGGAAAUCAAUGACCUCUACUUGAGUGGAGCCUACGAUAGAAUCAGCAGUGAAAUGUCCACGUGCAAGAGGGUUUCUUGCAAGGAAGAUGUCUACCAGCUGUUUGAGUUCGCUCGAAAUGCCUUCACCAUGAUGGCUAUGAUGGACUAUCCUUACAAAACAGACUUCAUGGGUCACUUCCCUGCUAACCCAGUCAAGGUUGGCUGUGACCAGAUCCUUGCACACCAGGACCAUAUUAAAGGACUGGCAGCUCUUAUCGGAGUGUUCUACAACUCGAGUGGGAUGGCCCCGUGUUACGACAUAUACAAACAGUACAGAAAAUGUUCUGACCCGACUGGCUGUGGCAUCGGCCCAGAUGCUGAGGCGUGGGACUAUCAGGCUUGUACUGAGAUCAACUUAACCUUCAGCAGCAACAACGUGACCGACAUGUUCCCUGAAAUCCCGUUCACCGAGACUAUGAGACAGCAGUACUGCUUCAACAAAUGGCUCGUGCACCCACAACGGGACUGGUUGCAAACAAUGUUUUGGGGCAGCGACCUGAAAGCUGCAAGCAACAUCAUAUUUUCGAAUGGAGACUUGGAUCCAUGGGCAGGCGGUGGCAUAAAGAGUAACCUCAGUUCCUCACUAAUUGCGAUAACCAUUAAGGGAGGCGCUCAUCAUCUGGAUCUCCGAGGAUCUCAUCCAGCUGAUCCUCCAUCUGUCACAGAUGCACGCAACCUAGAAGCAAGGAUUAUCCAUAAGUGGGUGAAGUCUGCUAGGAUUGAGAGAGCCUGGGAGAAGAUGGCUGCGGGUAUAUCACCGUGAAGAUAUCCGUCCAGCUGCCAGCAGGAGUGUUGUGCUGCUAGUGUGUGUACCAGAAAGCACAAGGGUGGCAGCCAUAGGAGCUAAUUGUGCACGGAUCGUUUGACAAAAAUGUCAGUUCAAAUGGCUCUACCAAGGUGAUCAAAAUUCACCAGUCUAAAGUGUCCUGUGAGUCAGUCAAGUCUGUCAACAGAAAAUGAGUAGGCCAAAUCCAUUGACUGAAGGCAAUAGCACUUUGCACCGGUCACAUGCUUACCUGCAUUGUACCACAGAUGUAAUUGUAACGGGGGAAGGGGAGAAUAAAAGCUUGCCUGCAAGUGUUAGACCAUUCCUCAGGAACUGGGUCAUACUUUGUGUACAUGCUUUCCAGCAUGGUAGAGGAAAGAAUGUGCCCCUGCUAUGAGAGCGAGGGAUGGUUAUUCACAGCCCACACCAAUCUCCAGCUUUGCACAAAACUAGAGGACACAUGUAGCUUAUGUUCAGCUAGAAACAGUGUGUCUUCAAAGAAAUGCUUAAAAGGAGAAAGUUCUCUUGGGUGAUUUGUGAAGAAGUAGAGUGAGGGUACUAGUUAUAAUGAUCAGUGAGUUGUAGGAUUCAAAUGAAGAGACCAGUUUCUCCAGAAAGAUUAUAGUCACUGUAAAAAAAAAAAAUCUAUGGGUUGGUCAGCUGUGGAGUAGAGAUUAAAGUUUGGAGAGCACGUGCCCUAUCUAAGGUAAUCCCACUGUGAACAGCUAUUGUACAGGAACAUUAGCAGUGAAGAAGUAGUCACAUUUCCAAUGAUGACCCCUACGUUUAUUUUAAAAUAAAUUACAAGUUUAUUAAAGUAUGUGAUAGAAUUUCAUGGGCUGGCUUCUGAAUAUAACCAAAGAGGAUACAAAAAGGAUAUUUUUCUCUCACCCUGAGAGGUGAAAUAAAUUCAUCUUUGCACAUUAACAAGUAGACUCUUACCUACUGCAAAUACUGUGCACCAAUAAAUACUAGCAAGACUGAAAAAAUAUUACAUCUUAGUAAUUAAUUAUAUGCCUUAAAGUAAAAGGUAUCACCUUACCAUGAUUACGGGGGUGGGGAGUAUUUGGAAAGCCUCCAUCAAGAGAUCAUUCCAGACACGUGUUACUGAGGUGGGCAAAGUACAGCACUUAUUCAGCUUCUUACCAUUGCUCAACCCAAUGUUCAGUGUUGGUUAAUAUUUACACUGGUGAAUCUCUGCUUCCAUCGUACCCCCAUUAGUUCAGAUAGAUACUAGGGCCAGUCCUUGAUGCUUUUUCACAUGAUUCAGAGCAGACCCUCCAGGCACUGGGAGUAAGUUUCCCACAUAGAGCAAGGAGUAGUAAGUAGAGUCACACAGGUUACAGCUUCAGUAUUCCAGCAAUUAGCAGGGUUCAUAGUGCCCCAUGCGAGGCGCACGGAAUGUCUCUACAGAAGAGAGACGGGAAAGGAGUAAAGUCAACUCUCCCCCUCCCCCAAUGGAAUCCCCACCUCUAGCUCCCAAGAUAAGCCAAGGCCAGGUGAAUGUUUCUCUUGGCAACCUUUUAUCCUUGCUCUGCUACAUGGCCUUGCUAGCAUUCCCUGCUCCUGGAAAGCAGGAACCACACAGAGACCAUGCCCAUGAUUAGAAGCGGUCUUUGCCCCAUGAUGCAUUAACAAAGCAGCAAGGCGAGGUGUGAGCCACCUAGAACAUACACUGCAAGCUACAAUCUUUGAACAAGUGGUGACCAGUGGCCUACUCUGCCCUUUGGGGGAACUUCCAACUUUCCACUUCAAGAUGAGGCAAGAGUUCUUUUUAACCCUCAUGCAUCUU